UUCUGUACCUCGUCUGUGCUACUGGCAAUGGCGCAAGGUUGAGUCAUUUGCCAAUUGAUCUAAUACAAGAUAUAUGUAUUAAUUUUGUACAUGUCCUCAUAGUCACGUCAAUUUUGUUUAAAUUGUCGAUAACGAAAGGGAUCUUUAGUUUUCGCAAAGAUGUGUACAACGAUUGCCACUUUGACUAGUCAAACAGUAUUUAUUCCACGGGAAAUUAUGUAUUUCGGUAGAAAUAUAUCGCGAUUUUAUCACGGUCAGCGAAAAUUGUGUUACAUGAAUAAUUUUCUGUCAGGAAAACAUUCGUUACUCCCAUCUGUGUUCAAUACGUGGACUAUUCCGAGGACAUGUUACAGCAACGAAAACAAAACAGGUUUUCCCGACACUUUAACGAAAGAAAAGGCGAAGGAAGUGGUUUCUAAUUUUACCUUGGAAGAACGAAAUCUUUUUUUAAAAGCCCUCGAAGAGUGUAAAGCGGAAGAAGAUAGGGCUGGAUAUCAACGUCAAUUAGCAGCUUUUCGAUGGUGCAAUAAAUUUGGAAGGCCUAGCAAAAUAUCAUCAUUAGGGGAUGUGGAUCCUACAGGCAGUUAUUGUGCUGUACCUGAAGAUUGGCUUAUGCGCAAGUAUGAGCCACACUUAGCAGAAACUAUUCCAGAACCAUCAACAAAAGAUCUAGUGUCAGUUGCGAUUUUUAACGCAAUUCCGUUCAUCGGCUUUGGUUUUCUUGACAACUGCAUCAUGAUUGUCGCUGGAGACCAAAUUGAAUCACUAUUGAAUACAAAAUUUGUAAUAUCAACUAUGACGGCUGCGGCUUUAGGCAAUACAAUAUCUGAUAUUAUCGGAAUCGGAUCUGUACAUUAUGUAGAACGGUUUGCUCAAGCAGUUGGAUUUAAAGCACCAAAACUUAAUCCUGCGCAAUUAAAUCUACGUAGGACCAAAAGAGCCGCUAACUUGGGACGAGUUCUUGGAGUUACAACUGGAUGUUUUCUCGGAAUGAUACCUAUUUAUAUUAUGCCUCUCUUUCAUCAUAUUGGUUGAAAUUAUAAAUAUUAAUGU